GCGACGGCUGACUCAUCUUAGUCAUCAAAGCGUAUGUCACGUGCUGGAUUAUGUCAGCACCCGACCGGGCUAGCGCCGUUCUCCAGAUCGGUGAUGCCAUGCGACGCUAUCCGAAAGAUGCAGCGCAUAUCCAUAAUCCAUAUCAUUACUACGCUCUGUACGGCGCAGAGACAUCGCCCAACGCACCAUCCCGCAUCUCUUUCUUUCUCCAUGGGAACCUGCUGGUCAGCGUGCAUCGGCUCUCUUGACGCCUUCUGCUGAUUUCCUCCUCUUUGUCGUGCUCGUCUGUUAUAUAUCUAUCCUAGCUGCUCUGGUCUGUUUCUCUAUCUCCCAUGUCUCGCUGAUCCUGACUGCCCAGCCACUUCAUCUGCUAGUAGCUUGACUGGGACGAGGCUAAUCUUCUUUUGUAUACGACUUUAUUACCUUCCUGUUUAUAUUGCUCCGUUUCUCACUCUAUCACCAGCGUGAACUCAUAUCGGGGAAGUUAGGGUCGAUCCCCGCUGCAAUUGCGACUUCCAGUUUCUCUUUUCCUUUACUGAGUAAGAGGAAGAGUAACAUCGUGGAAGUGAUCUACCGUCGCACGAUGUCGCUCUCCCCAGAUGCUCGCGCGACCUAUAUCCCGAUCAUUGAUUCUAUUCUGGCCAAGAGCGAUUUGCAAACCAUCUCCGAAAAACGCAUCCGGAAAGGUCUUCAGGAAGCUGUCGGUUAUGACCUCACUCCGCAGAAGGCUGCGGUCAAGCAGCUUAUCAUGGAGCGCUUCGAUAUUUUCGUUGCACGAGAUGGCCUAGAUCCGUCUUCCGAAGCAGCACCAUCGGGUACUGCGACCUCAAAUGGCCAUGCAAAAGAAGAGAACGGGAUAUCUUCAUCUGUUCCUCUAUCUCCCCCGCAUUCCACCUCGCCGCAGAAACGCCAGGUUGACAACGACGAGUCCCCGGAAGAAUUGAAAAAAACACCUCCCCCCAAGAAGAGGAAGUCGGAUAAUGAUGUGGAUGCGGACGCCAUUCUUGCUGCAAAGCUGCAAGCAGAGGAAAACAUGCGUGCUAGACCUACUAGGGGAGCGAGCUCGAGAAGGGCACCACCCGUAAAAAGAAAGAGCAAAUCUAAAACCGCGAAAAAAGUCAAGGCUGAGGAUGAUUCGGAUCUCGAGUCUGGUUCCGAAGUGAAUAAGAAAGAGGUCAAUCGGUCCGGCGGGUUUCACAAACCUCUCACUCUAUCUCCAGCCCUCUCGGCUCUGUUGAAUGGUGAAGUUAUGCUCUCACGUCCACAGACAGUCAGCAAGCUUUGGCAAUACAUCCGCGCGCACGAUCUCCAGGAUCCUAAUGACAGACGUCAAAUUCGAUGCGAUGAGGCAAUGCGUGCCGUGUUCAAGCAAGACCGGGUGCAUAUGUUCACCAUGACCAAGAUCCUGAAUCAGAACCUCUACAGCCCUGACGAGUAGUUUGUCGGUUACACUUCCACGCGAUUGCAAAGCAUGACUGGCUGCCUACGUUGCUGCCACCGUUCUAACGAAGUUUUCUUUUGUUUAUUGCACCGCAUACGAAUUACGGCGCUAUUUCCUACGUUCGUCUAGCGACAUGCUUUUUCCUGCGCACCUUUGCUUACUGUUUACCCAUUUUCGCACUUUUUGUUGCCGGCUUGUUUUACCUGGUUUUUUUUGCCGUACUGUUGUUUUCUCUUCUCUUUCACUAGCGGGGAGUUGGUGCCUAAGCGGAGAAAUCGACCGCGAUUUGUCUCCUGAAAAUUUAUGAUUCAACAUUGAAAUUGCAUCAAUUAAAUAACUGGGCUGCUUACAGGCUGGCUAUCUUUUUUCGAAUCAUUGCAGGGGGAAGAGACUUAUCUAUAGUAGCAGAUGGGCGUUGCAUUUUCCUUUGAUUCCAGAUCCGCUGUAGUAUUUGCUGGUUGCUAGGUCACUCCGUAAGCAAUUCGAGUCAUCAUUGAAAAGCAU